AGAGAGACAGACGCGUCCGUGGAAAGGACCCGUGAGACGAGACAGGUACCAAAGGAUCGUUCUCGGCAUGGACGUAUCAGAGUGACCGGCUGCAGACACUGUCGCUUCGUCCACCUGAUCCACCACCGAGCAUGUCUACUCCAGAAGAAGCCGGCCAGCGUGAGGAAGGGGAGUACGGAAGGGCGGCUAAGCGGCUCAAAACAGAGGAGACGGAGGCGGAUGAGAGAGAGGAGGGGGAAGAGGAGCUGGAGGAAGGAGAGGAUUCGGACUCCGGAUCGCUACCCGGUAACGGAGAGUCGGCGACAGACAAUCGGGCCCGGUGGAGCGCGAGCCAAUUCGGAGCAGGACCGAGGGAUAAUGGCGAGGACUCCCAUCGUAUCUCUCCCAGUCCCGUGGUGCACGUUCGGGGUCUGUGUGAGGCUGUGGUGGAGGCAGACCUGAUAGAUGCCCUGGAAAAGUUUGGACCCAUAUGUUAUGUGAUGAUGAUGCCAUUCAAGCGUCAGGCCUUGGUGGAAUUCUCUGCAGUGGAGAGUGCAGACCGCUGUGUGUCCUGUGGAGCCAAGGAGCCAGUAUACAUCGCAGGUCAACAAGCAUACUUUAAUUAUUCCACAUCCAAAAGAAUCACCAGGCCUACAAAUGCUGACAACCCCAACAGUGGGAACAAAGUCCUCCUGCUGUCCAUACAGAACCCACUCUACCCUAUAACAACGGAUGUUCUAUACACUGUGUGUAACCCCAUUGGCAGUGUGCUAAGGAUCGUCAUCUUUAAACGAAAUGGAAUCCAAGCCAUGGUGGAAUUUGAGUCAGUUCAGUGUGCUCAGAAGGCGAAAGCAGCUCUGAAUGGAGCUGACAUCUAUGCAGGUUGCUGUACACUAAAGAUUGAAUAUGCAAGGCCAACGCGUCUGAAUGUUAUUAAGAAUGACAACGAGAGCUGGGACUACACAAAACCAUACCUGGUCAGACGAGACAGCACUGAUUAAAAAUUGCCCGACGUCUGAAAGCGGUUGAUGUUCUUUUGUGCUGAGGGAGAAAAAAGAGAAAGCUUGAUGCCUCACAGGUACUGUCUCUUUCUUAUCUCUGUUCACAUGUUGUUGUAUCGUUUUUCCUGCUUUUCUCUGAAUAAAACCACCACAAAACUGUUUUUCUUAUUUUUUCACCUCCAUUACCACCAUAAGUAGUUUUGUUGUUAUUUUUUGGGAGCAGCUGGGAUUAAAUAAAUAGAAAUAAAUGUGCACAAACACACACAAAAAACUACUGUAGAAAAUCAGCAGCUGCUCAUCACCUCACGUUUCUUCAGGGCAGGCAUUUCUGAUCUUUUUCAUUUGAAAUUCUGAUCUCUGCAUGACAGAUGGCAUCGUUAAAAUCUUCUUUCUCAUGAGUUGUCAUGUGCAAAGCACGACCGUUUUAAUUUGGCCAACUCAACUCAACCGGAAACACAAUGAAGGCACAUAAAGGACAUUAAUAACCUUCACAUGUAGUCUGCCGCUGAGCAUGCUUGUUGUGCUCGUGUUAAAACUGAGAGUUUAUCUGAUGUAUUAAAAACUGUGUUAAGCAGCAGCAUUCUUAGUUGUCUGUGUUAUUCCCAGUCCAAGAAAAUGUCAUAAUGAUAUUUAUUAUAAUACUGUAAUAUAAUGUAAUAUUUGGGAAAGCCAGGGCAAUAUUUCAGUGACUCUGUGUGUUAGUGUCUCAGAUCUCAGCUAUUAGCAACAUCUGCCGUGGCCGUAGGGCUCUGCAGGACCGUGUGUCGUUCUCUUUCAUGGGCACAGUAUCAGAUAGAAGCUACGCCUCAGUUCCUAAUGAAUCCCAUAAUAAACAUAGAUGGAGGAAACAGAUUUCCUCUGUGAUGUUUCUGCAGGAAUGUGAACACUGGUAGAAACAGGAGGCCUUUUUGUCGAACUGUAAAACGUGCAUUUCAUGAAUGCUCCAGAUGUGAGUCGUGAUUGAUCGAACUCAAAAUUGCAACAUUGCAUCGUUUUAAAUGUAGCACUGUUAAUAACUGGCUCUGAUUUUUAAAGAUAUAGUCAAGAAUCCAAAAUACCGUCUCCUCCCUGUAGACGCUCCGCGAGGCCUUUGGAGCAGCCGACUUCAGCUGCUGCUUUUUGUUGGUCUCUUUCCUUCAGUAACUGAAAGCACGCUCUGUCGGGUGGAGAUCAGGUGACUGACUUGACCACUGAAAGGUUUCCCACGUCUUUGCUUGGAGACACUCUUGGGUUUCUUUGGCAGGAUCCAUUUGUACUGUGAAGCGCUGUGUCGAUUCAUUUGACUGAACCUGAGCAGAGACUCUAGCACCAUACAAUUCAGACUUUUACCAGCAGACACAUCAUCAAUAAACGCCGGUGACCCUGUUCCUCUCGCAGUCAUUCACUGCUGCCUUCCACCAUGUCUGAUAGAUGAUGUGGUACACUUUCCAUUUCUUUUGAAUUCUUUACUAUUUUCAUCAUUCUGGUGCAUUUAUUUGGGUUUCAUCUGAAACUCGACUCUUUUAGAUGGUUUCUGGUUUCUAAUCUGGCCUUCCUGUUCUUGAAUUAUGGUUCCCACCUUGUUGUUAACCUCCUGUAUUUGCAUUUUUAGGAUUAACUUGCUUGUUUGGAGCUGGGAACUGAACUGUCAGCCUUCUGAUUAGUGGAGGACACUUUUUCUUGUCUUCUGGUUGUGUUUGUUUACUUUGUGACUGUCUGUCAAACAGUAUAAUGAAGUCGAGUAUUAUUUAUUUGUCACACAUUAAGACUUUAAUCAUCAAGUUAAUCGCUGAGAUCUGGGAGCACAUAAGCACUGCCAAACAUAGGCUCAGUCAGACAGUCAGGCCAGCCCGUUCAAGCAUUUGGCCUUAAUGGACCAUUUGAUUGGUACUAACAGAUCUCUAACGAUUCAGUGAAUGAAUGAAACACUUUCCAAGUGUUCUUUAAUGUCAUUUAAAUCAGUAUAUGUAAAAUCUUCUCGCAUUCACAUAAUUUGUUUGUGUUAUCUGUAUUUGUUUGUA